AUGAUGAUUAAUUCUAAUGGUGAUAGAAAACCUCGGAGAUCGUCAUUAAAGUUUACAUUCGAUCCAGUGAAUGAUGCAUCUGAUGGUGUUGUAUCAUCUAGGGGUUUAAAUAGACGCGUUUCAUUCUCUCAAUAUGUUUUUGUUUUGGGUGACGAGGAUGAUGGUUCUCAAAUGUGUGUUAGUCGUUUCAACUCAAAUAUAUCUGUUGAAGAUGAAUUUGCUAAUACUAAUAAUGAUAUCAAUAACAAUGAUAAUAAUAAUGACUAUAAAAAUGACAACAAUGACAACAGUAGCAAUAUUAACGAUAAUAUGGAAAGUGUCACAUCGAUAAGUGAUGUUUCUAUGGAAUUAUCACCUGAUUCUUGUUUAAAAGUUAAACACGAAUCGUUCAAUGAACAACAAAACACGAAUAUGGAAGUAGAUAACGAUGCUGAUAGUCGGACGUUAUCCUCUAAAUGUAGUUCCUUGGAAUCAGUUACUAUUUCUAGUCUAGAUGAAAUGAUGAUUGUAAAAAAUGAAUCAAGUUGUACACCCAGACAUCAUCAUGAUGUUUCAGAUAUGGAGCCUUCAUGUCAUAAUGACGUACCAGACAUUACUUCAACAAUUAAAAAUAACGAGGAUGUAAAUCAUGAAAAAGUCCUUACACCGUCGUUCAGGUCACCUCAUUUUUUACAGUCUACAAAUACGAUGAUGAUGACAGAUAUAGUAGAAGAUCCAUUAUUAUCGGAUAAACGACCUGUAUCGGUCGUUAAAAUGCCCUUAAUCAAUUUGAAUCUAAGUAAUUCCUUACCAUUGACAAGAAGACGAUGUAACAUUAAUAAUAAUCUCCAAUCGGAUGUUGAUCAAACGCCGAAACCUUCUGAACCAGAAAGAAUUACAUUUGUUAGCUUAAUUAAUACACCACUACGUCAAGCAAAUAUCGGUGAUGAUACUGGUGCUAAUUUAACUUCUGUAAAAAAAGUGAUUCGACCGAAAACUUUCAGAGAUGUAAAUGAGUAUAAACCAGAAAGGCUCUUAUCAAAUACCAGACGAUUGCAUAAUCAUCUGCGCAAUCAACUAGCUGAAUGUCAACUUGAAGCUGUCAUCGAUCAUAUUAAAUAUGAUUUUUCUAACAUUAAAAGUAUUGUGAAUUUCCUGCGUAAAAAUGAAUACAUCGAUUGUAACUUGGAAACUUUGGAUAAAUCAACAUUGCUGACUGAUAUGGACCGAUAUGGAUCAGAUGAAUAUUUACGAUUGCAAAACCAACUACACUUACAUCUCUAUGAUAAAUUAGUUAAACGACGAUUUGUUAUUGAAACUGAAAAUAUAAAUCGAUUGGAAUUCUGGAAACGUUUAUAUCUAGAACGAAUCAGUACUGUAUUGAUUUCGCCUCAAUUAAAAUCAGUUACAAAGAACGUAUCUGAAAUGAAUUUGAUAGAGCAUUUAAAAUUUAUCGCUGGUGCACAACAAUUAUUUCAUACUUGUUCAAAAUUUGCUCAACAAGAAAUUUAUCAAAUUAUCGAUGAGAAUAUAUCUGCUCGUAAUCUAGAAUUAAAUUUGGAAAUUGAUAAUUUAAACCAAUUGAAUGAUUAUCUUGAAUUAAUGAUAAGUCAAAAACAAUCUGAACUAAAAAAAAACGACAAGGAACAAUUAUUAGAACUCGAGACGUAUGCCAAAGAAAUACUUCAAAAACUCAAUAGAAUCAAACAAGAAAUUGAUGAAACCACUCAACGUCAGACUGUAAUACGUCAAUCAAAUAAAAAGUUACUCCAAAGAAAACAGUACUUGGAAAAAAAGUUGAAAGAGUUAUCAGAAAAAAAUCGUCAAGAGGAAUUGUAUAAUUCAAGCACUCUAGUUAAUCGUUCUAUCGGCUGUACAGAAUUAUUUCCCAUACCGAUCAGUGAAACAUCCAUUAUCCAGCAUUGUAAUAAUAAUGAUAGGAGCAGACUCGAACCAAUAGUUACGAGACAAUUAAUAAAUCUACUUUCACCUUGUCGUAUAACAUGUACAUCGUUUGACAAAGAUAAUCAUAUGUAUGAAGUAUCAACAUUAUUUGGUCUAGUGAAUUUCUUAUUAACUUGUCAAGUAUGCGAUCUGUUAGUUGAUGACUCUGAUAGAAAGAAUAACAAUAAUCAUCAAUGUAAUGAAAGCAUUGACGGUAAUGAUUACGGUGAUGACGAUGAAGAAGAUGAUGAUGACGAUAUGCAGACAACAGUUAAUCCGGAAAAUCUGAAAGUGAUCAGUGUACAAGUUGUCGCAUCAACAGAUGUUGAAUGUCCCGUGGAGUGUCCACCCGUUGAAUCGGUUGCUCGUAUUUUUAUUGAAUAUUUAAAUACAGUUGGUUAUGAUAAUUUGCGUACACGAUGCAUUGGGUUUACAAUGGCUGAUGUAAUUGAAACAAUCGAAACUAUCAUUGUUCCGUUCAUGGUUUUAGCCAGUGAUUUACGUUCUUUAUGGUUAGCUAAAUGUGAUGUGAAUCUUGUUAUGACAUCAAUAGACGAUCAACUAUUCACUGGUGGUUAUUUUACACCAAAGAAAUUGCGUAAUUUAAUUGGACAAACACCACGAUCUACAGCUGUUCACUCUUUAUCAACUUCACAUAGAACACCAUUUCAGUCAAAACAAUUGCAUCAUCAAUCGAUUAUUGGUGAAAGUAUGAUACCUGUUGAAAAGUCAUUAUCGUUCUAUGAAUACUUAACACCAUCUGAACCAUUUAGCAUAACUGUAAAAUUUUCUACACGUAACUAUCGUAUAAUGGUACGAUUCACUUUAAUGUCAUUGGAUUACAUGGAUUCUAGUCAAGGUUCUGUUGAAUUUGCAGUUUUAAGAGGAAAUCUAAGAACUGAAAAACUUGAAGAAUAUUUUGAAACUUGUAAACCAACCUGUGGAAAUUUGUACAGUAUUAUAUCAAAACUUCAAUUAUUCUUAUCAUCUUCUGUUUGA